AUGUCUUACUAUUUCCCUCCGGAAGUCCUGGAGGAAAUUCUUCACAGAUUGCCUCUCAAGUCUCUUGUGAACUGCAUCUCUGUCUGCAAAUCCUGGAAGUCUCUGAUCUCAGAUCACUCCUUCAUAUGUGAACACUUCAACCGUACGGUUCAAUCCAACCCAGAUAUUGCCUCCAUCUUCCUCUUCAUCUCUCUAAAGAAACGAGUAGAGGGAUACAAGUACAACGAAUCCGAAGAUUUUUACGCUGUUUGUUCUGGUAAUCAGAUAAGGGAUGAACCCUUUGUUUUGAAAUCCUCCCUCAUUCCUCUGUUUACGAGUGAGCACAAGGAGGUGGUUGGAACUUGCAAUGGACUGGUAUGUCUCGCUGAUUAUUCUGUAUUAGAUACUGCGGAUCUUAUUAUUUGGAAUCCAUGUAUUCAGAAAUAUUUGGUGCUUCCCAAACCCAGUGUAAGCUUCAGAUCCUACGACCCUGACCAUGAAAGGAACAGGGUUUUCUUUGGAUUUGGUUUUGAUUCAGAGGCUAAGGAUUUGAAGGUGGUAAGACUUGUUGCGAGAAUCAACAAUGUGGAAGAAGCUCCUCAGGUUGAGGUUUACUCUCUUGCAACUGGGUCAUGGAGGAACAUCACUGGUAAAGCUCCCCCAAUUCUGCUGUGCAUGCAAGUAUUGUGGAAGAAUCAGAUGUUUAUAAAUGGUGUAAUUCAUUGGAUUGUCAGCCAGAGAAGAAAUGGUAGGAUUCACAAUUUCAUUUUAACAUUUGACCUGGUUGAAGAAAAAUUUGGAGAAUUGACGUUACCACAACCUCUGAGAGAGUCUCCUUUCCAAUUGUCAAUUUUAGCAGCAGAGGAUUCACUUGCUGUGGUUCAUACUUAUUGUUCAGAGUUGGAUGAAGAAUUUAUUAGUAUUUGGGAGAUGAAAGAAUAUGGUUCUGCGGAUUCAUGGGCUGAAGUGUUUCAUUCCAAUUCAAGACGUUAUGGGGGCAUAUCAAAUGUUUUAGCCAUUAGAAAUAGUGGAGAAUUGGUUCUGAGAAUUUAUGGAGGAAUGAUGAUUCUGCUAGAUCCUGCAAAAGCAUCAGCGAAGGAUCUGGGACCAAGGGAUUUUGUCUACGCUUUUGCUGGACAUCAUGUGGAGAGUCUGUUUUUAAUCAACGAAGAACAGGGUGCUUUGUCUUAUUGAUCAUAGUGCAGAAAG